AAGUGAUUCCGGUUUGUUCUUCUGUGGCUCUCUUUUAGAUCCGGAUUUUAAGUAAAUAUGGAUGAACAGAGUGAUGUAUUUUCUCAAUUAUUUGUGCGAUGUUUAGAAAGUGAUUCAGGAUCCUCGGAAGUUGAUUUGGAAAUUAUCUUGGAUGAUUUGUUGAAAUUGAAUUAUACAAAAAGGAUUUUUGCAAUAACAAGAACGAUCGCUGGUGAGGUGCUUUGUCAUUUUGCAAUAAAUACAAAACUGACUUCAACAAAAAAUGAGUUUCUUUUGAACAAAUAUUUCCAGUUAAUUGUACAACUAACUUCAAGCCAAGGAAUUGUACUUGAACCGCAUUCUGUCAACAAAUUGCUUGCUAUGCUUCAUGGAUUAUGGUCUUCAUGCAUGAAUAAUCCUGUCUCUCUGCAAUCAAUGUUAGAUGCUUUCGCAGCAGCUACGUACCAGAAUGGACCUCAUAUAUCUCCAGAGAAUAUGUCACAUCUACUCCAGCCAAGUGAUCAAUCCGUUCCCUCAAUUAUUAAAACCAAGUCUGUAGAUCUCGACAUCAGAAGAACGGCUGUUCAAUGUCUUGCUGGAAUCUGCCUAUUGUCUGAAUCCAACGAAACAUUAUCCGAUGAGAAUCUCGAAAUAUGUUUGAAAUUAUUUAUUUUUAUUUUGCAAGAUUUAUCAGUUGCUCCACCAUAUGAUGUUAUUAUGUGCAGGAUGAUUUUCUCUUUAUCAAAGGGCCUUCACAAUAUACUGAGUACGUCUUCUAGUAUCCAUAUGUCACAUAUUGGACCACUUUUAACUGUUUUAAAGAAAUUCAUGGUUUAUGGCCUCCCUGGCCUUUCUGACAGCACUUCAGAUGAGUUGCAGCCAAUUCCAAUUCCAGAGCUUUAUUCUUCGAAACAAGGAGAUGAAAAACAACAAGACACUCCACAGACAACACCAGCUAAAUCUCAUAUAAAAAAGAAGAAACGGAAACCUAAGACCAAAUCAAAACCGAGAGAGGUUGCGAGUCCUACGGGUGUUGUUCAAGGAAUUGAGCAAUUGAGUUUCGAUCAAGGUCAAAUGUCAGGGGUUAGAGGUCGUCCUUCAUGGAUUAGAGUCACAAGUUCAGAGUCUGAAUAUUCUGACACAGAAGGAGCACAAAGAGCUAAACUUCGAUCUUUCUUGAGUAAAAUUCGUCAGAUGUGUUUGAGUGUGUUGUAUCUUACAAUCAAGAAAACAGACAAACACACUAUGCUUGGUUACUGGUCUUCAUUUCUGCCAGAAUAUUCGUCGGUCAUGCAGAACGCUUCUUCAUUAUUUACUAGUUUUAGACAGGACUCUGCUCCUAAAUGUCGUGCUGCUGCUCUCGGAGUAGUGGGUGCUAUGCUUGAAGGCAGUCGUUGGUAUUUAUCGUUUGCAGCAGAGGAGACGGGGUCUCCAUCACAGCACGCAACGUCGUCGUUUGUACCAUUUUCUGUCUCUCUAGCGGCCUCCAUUCGAGAGAUCCAUAAACAAUUACUUUCAACUUCAAGCAGAGAACAAUCAAGCAUGGCUUUGACGCAGUUACUAAAGACACUUUCUACACUUGUGUCUAACACACCAUAUCGUAAAAUGAAACCGGGAUUGCUUGUUAAAGUUUCGUCGCAAGCCAGAUAUUUUUUAACAACAUCUCGAGAUUUGAAUGUCAAGGUUGCAAGUCUUGUUUUGUUGGGGGCUGUUACAUCAACAUCAGCUCCAAUGGGUGAAGUUGCAAGCAUUUUGACAGACUCCACACCACUGUAUGCAACAAGGCAAUCAAAUUCUGGCAACCAUACUCCUGUAUUGCCUACAUCUGGCAACCAUACUCCAGUGUUACCUACAUCUGGCAACCAUACUCCAGUAGAAAACAGGGAAAUAUCUGGCAACAGUGGUUUUGGAUCUUGGCUGAUUGAUCAAUGUGUGAUGAUUGCUACACAAACAAGAAGAGUGCCAGCACAAGGGUCUUCACAGUAUACUGAAGUGGACCAAUCAGAAGUUCCACUUCCUCUCAGAGUUGAAGCAUUACAGACAUUAACGAAGAUUACAAAAGGAUAUUUGCCUGUUGUUAAAGACUACAUAAAUACUAUAGGCGAUGUUGUUUGCCAAUGCUUAGAAGACUCAACACCACAGGUUCGUGUGAAUGCAGGAAAAUUACUUGAAGAACUGGGAAGCAGUUUGUUACAAAUGAUGAAAAGUUCGCCUUCAAAAGCUAUUGAAGAUGAGAGUCUCAAUCUAUGGAUUAAAGUACUUCAAGGCCCCUUACAAGCUGUCAUGCAGGAUCGUAGCAGUCCGGUGUUACAAGGCAAAGGAUGUGAUUCGUUGUCGAAUAUCGGACCUCUAGUGUUUCCAAGAUUACCGAAAAACCUUCAAAUAUUCUGUCUAACUCUGCUACUAGGAUUCACAUCAGAUGAGAACGCUCUUGUUCGAGCGCCCGCUGUUCGGGCUUUGGGCGUCUAUGUUAUGUUUUCUACAUUGAGAGAGGAUAUAGCGUUUUUAGAAGACGUCACGAAUGCCGUGUUACGACUUCUCGAGGAUCCGUUCCUAAUCGUUCGUGCGAACGCUGCUUGGUCACUCGGAAAUCUCACCGAUACUUUGGUUAUUAAUAAAGAAAUGCAUGGGGGGUUCACUGAUGAAUUCCAGUGUUCACUUUUGAUACGAAUGUUUGAGAAAGCAAUACAGGCUAUCAAUGAUAAAGUUAAGGUUGUCUUUAACAUGAUGAGAGUGCUUGGAAAUUUACUCAGAUUCUCUGACACAAAUUAUUUGAAGAAUCAAAAAUUUGAGGAAUUAAUGUUGAAGUCUACGAAUAUACUAGCUGAUAUGGUGGCUGGGGAUGUUAUGGUCAAGGUUCGAUGGAAUGCCUGUACCGCCUGCAGUAACUUUUUACGAAAUAAAGAGCUUCUCUUGGGUAACACCAAGUGGACAGAUCAUAUAUAUCAAGCACUGUGUAACAGUGUUACCUCCUGCAAAAAUUUCAAGGUUCGAAUCAAAGCUGCAUUGGCUCUUUCAACCCCGGUUAAGAGAGAUCAGUUUGGAUCAAUGUUUAGUGAAAUAUAUCGAUCUUUAAUCCAUGGGUUUGAAGAUAGUGACAUGGCUGCUAAUUUUACUGAGUAUAAGUUCAGAGAUACACUACAAGAGCAACUAUGUACAACAUUGGUUCAUUUGACGACAAUGAUUCGACCAGAGGACGUCCCAACAAUCUGUCGAAAUCUGUCCGGAAUAUCAGAGAACAUCAACCACCAUUUAACAAUCUACAGAGAUAAAUUAUUGUUGAAACUAGAAAAUGAUUUAAUUUCUAGCUCUGUUUCAGGUGAUCAGUCAAGCAUGACCGCAGACCCAUCUAAUCUACCAGCUGCAAAUAAUUACACAGAGCAGCCAGCAAUGGAAAAAAUAAAUGGUCAUACAAGCAUGACUUGUGACCAGUCAUCUGUGACCAAUGGCCAAGCUGUUGUUGUUAGCGACCCAGUUGAAGAAUACAUAGUUGCUAAGCAACUAUCGCCAAAACAAAAGCUUGAAAAUCUUCAAUUAGCUUGUGAUCUUAUAAGUAUUGUUACAAAUUCAGCACCUGAUCCAAAUGACAACUCGAUACAACCUUCAGAUAUCAGCAUAAACAAUAAAAUUUCCCAUGAUCCGAAUUUACUCUGUAAUUUGUUCAAAUUUACCGAAAAUGAAUAACAUAUUGUUUUUUUAGUGGUUCCUAGCCUUUUUUGUUAAUUACCUCCCUUUGGUUAUUUUGGAUCGCUUUAUCCCCCCCCCCCCCUCAAUAUGCAUAAAAAGUAAUUACUUUUUCAACCUUCGAUGGAGAUUUAGUUAGUAUUGUGCGUCAGUAGUACUCCUGCUUGUUUGCCGUUUGAAUGAUGCAUAAAUUACCAUUAUAGUGAUAACGAUAGAGAAUUAAAUUAGUAUUUGUACACAUACCAAGCAAAAUCCCCCCCCCCCCCAUGGGGAAAAAAUACUGGAAUUAUCCAAGUGGGGAAAUGUUGCUUUAGCUAAAAUCAAGUUUGAAUUUAAGAUUUUUUGUUCACUUCCCCUAAUACAUUUUUGUUACUGGUAAUUAAACCUAAGCUGCUACAAAUCUUUACUCCCCACUUUUUUAUGUCAAAGUUAGUACAAUUUCUCUCUUUUUUGCACACUGUAUAGUCUAAUUCCAUAGUGAAUGGAAAAGUAAGGAUGCUUGCUGGUUAGUUUUGAUUAUCCCUAUUUUUACUCAAUGUUCCUAAAAAUACUAUUUUUUUUUUGACAUUGUUCAGCCUUCAGAUAUGAAAGCUUCCCAUGGCCUAACUUUUUCAAACUUUUCUUAAAUUUUUUUUAAUUCAGUGGAUUAGCAUAUUUUCUGUUUUAGUUCAGAACUAUCAGCUUCUUG